GUGUGAAGGCAAUACCUAAGGCGGAAAACAAGAGGGUUAUAUUUUAGUUUUUAAUAAAGUCCAUAAAAUUAGACAAAGAUACUAGAGAAUUUAAAUUGUUUAGUCAUUUCAUAGCAGUUUCAUAUAAGCCUGGUUAGCCGGGCUGGCUCUUUUUGCCAGGCUAAAUCAGCUCGCUAUAGAUUUCACAAAAAGUCAACGUUCUAUUUGCGUUGCUAAUUACUUUAGAAAGAUGUAAACAUUAUUAAGCACAACUAUAAAUCUUUUAUUCUACUUUCGUAUGUGGCGAGACAAUUUUUGAUAUAAUUAGGUUGUGGUUUCUUGACGUCACAACAAUAAGGUUAUGACAUAUGACUUUUAGCGAAGUUAAUACAGUAGUUAUUAAGAUUGGCGCCAUAAUCGUUUUUUUUUAAUGAACUACAUAGAGACGGAUUAAAUUUUUGUAUGUCUUUGAACUUUCUUUUUUUAAAAUUUCUUUCACUUGCACAAUAAUUUCUUGAUUUUGUUUAUACUUUUGUGAAGAAAUUGUUUAACUGGAAUUCCAUUAACCUCGUCCCCAGGUGUGGACGAGGUUAAAGUUCGACCACUUUGACACUAGUUUGUUCUAAAUUAGCAGUAAGUUGAUAGUGAAUUGUGCAAAAAAACCCGUGAAAAAUUUUUUUUCUAAAAAAAUUUUUGUUUAUUCAUUUUAAACAUUUCAAAGGCGGCGAGACAAGAAAAAACAUUUGCAGUAUUUCUUUAUAUAACGAAAGAUUUAAGCAGAAACACUUACUUCUACAAAAUAUAUUUACCAGCCAUUAUUAAAGAGGCUACGAACCGGUUAAAAAGCUCACAUUCCGUAUAUCCUGCACACAUAUUAAAAAUCCGGCAAAGGCGUUUUGCGCAAUGAACAGACCACCGCACUAUGCUCGCUGGUUCAAUAUUUUUUUUUCGAAAAGUAUAUUACAAAGAAAUAUUUCAGCAAGACUCAUUCUGGAUGAAAACAUGACCAAGGCUGGAGAAGAUAAAAUUCUAGAUAUAUCUAUAUGUUCGAGUCUGUAAAGUACAUACAUGCCGGAAAACUAGCCAUUUUUGCUUUUCACCGCCAUCAGCUUGACUUUCGUGUAAGUCACUAAAGUCGAAAACCAACAGCCAUUCCGUAGCCCCUUUAACUUUAGGAUCCUGUAUCCUCUGGGUCCCCUUUAAAGGUCCUGGGUCCUCUUUAAAGGUCUUGGGUCUCCUUUAGGGUUCCGGGUGCUAUAUCCUCCUUCAGGGUCCUGAGUCCUUGAUCCUACUUUUAAGUCCUGCGUCCCGGUUUUCUUGUUUCUGUUUGUCAUAAAGAAACAUUUUUUAAAUUAAAUAACCAAACAUCAGCGAAACUUCUUAUCUAAAUAAUCAAAUUAUAUCAAGAAGAAUAUAUCGCCAUUUUUUCAAUUUUAAUUUUAAUAUGGGAAAAAGCAAGGGAAAAACUGCCUUGAUUACCUACUGUAAAAAAAAGAGGUAAGCCAUUACGUCCAAUAAAGAGCGGCUACACUUAUGCCAGUAAAUUUAAUGAAGGUUUUUACAUCAGAACAGGGAGAAGACGCCAUAGAGAUUAAGAUAGAUAUGGCUGUCGUCAAGGUUGAUAGACAAGGUUUUGUUUCUCAAAUAAUGGUGUUGUUGAAAAGUAAGAAGUAAAAAAUACAUUCAGGUUCGAAACUCUUCUGAUAUGAAUAUAAAAUCGCACAGGAAACAGACCGAAAAAUUUAUUGUAUUCGUAUAAACAGUUUUUUUCCAGUUCGUUAACGAUCUCACUAAGACUCCCCAGGGCGAAGAAAAGCAACCCUUUUAUAAGAGUUGUAAACUAACACACGGAAUAUAUGAUUAGGUAGUAGACUAAAGAACGGGGGUUCGAAAAAUAACAUACGUAUAACAAUUUCGUACACCAUGAAAUAAAGAUUUAAAACGUUUUUCUCCAUCAAGUAUUCAAAGUUAUAUAUAUUUCAUUGCUCUUACUUUUAAUAAAUCAGAGGAUUAAAGCGAUCAUCGGGUUGACUUUAAAGAUAUACGCACCCCCUGGCGAUAAAAACUGUAAACCCUCAUUCUAAUUAAAGAAAUUUUACAUAAUUAAUAAACUAUUGUGGCAGAGACUCUUUAGGAAAAAGAAGAAGAUUUCAUUCAACAUUAAAUUAAAACUAUUCUGCACAUGUCGAGAAGUAGACAGCUGCUUCGCGUAUUUGUAAACUUUGAAAUUCUCUCAGUUAGAUAUCGUGGUACUCUGCGAACUUAUUAAUAAAAUGCUACUUUCCCGCUAGCCUAUCAUGAAAAGAAUAUCUACAGGUAUGCUACUGCAGUGGUUUCUAUUCACUCAUUGUAUCGCGAUAGCAUUGGGAGGAGAAUGCUCAAAGCCUCUCGGUAUGGAAGAUGGCACAAUAAAAGACGAACAGCUGAAUGCUUCCCAUUGGCUAUAUUUUAAGACUGGAUCGAGUGAUCAUUACAGCGCAAAAUUAGCACGCCUAAAUGUGAAAUCACCUUUGGGAGGAGGAUGGUGUUCAGAAGAUAACAGCGAAUACAAAAAUCAAUACAUUGAAAUAGACUUAUUGAUAAACAAAAAAUUGACUGGUCUGUCAACCCAGGGUCGCGCUGGUACCGCAGCAGAAUACGUGCAGUUUUACCAUAUUACCUAUCAACGAGAUGGGGAAGAUUUCUUUCGAACGUACAAUACAUCAGGUGCUUGGAAGGAGUUUAAAGGCAACGAAGACAGUUCAACAGUGGUAAAACACACGUUUGAGAAAUCUUUUAUUGCAAGAAGAAUACGACUCUACCCACGUGGGGAAGAAUUUACAAUUUACUGCUUGAGAAUGGAACUUUAUGGUUGCAAAUGGGCUCAUAGUGCAUCUGGCGUGUUUCAAUACAAUGCUCCGUUGGGAGGGGAGAGACAAGGUGUUGAUAUGAGAGAUUUACCGUAUGAUGGAGUAGUCACCACUGACCGGGUGGAAAAUGGUCUUGGUAAAUUAACUGAUGACGUUUAUGGUGUUAAAAGUUUAGUUGGAAGUCAAGGCUCCCCGUGGGUGGCUUACAAUGUUGAGAAACCCGAGUUAAAUUUUAAAUUUAGUGCCAAGAGGUUGUUAAAAAAGGUGUUGGUACAUGUAAACAACAAUGGGAAAGAUAUACAAAUAUUUGAUAGUGUAGAAAUACACGUUAGUUCCGACGACGUCAAAUAUACUCUAUUAACGACGUAUAAACCGAUUAAAGAACAGCGUCAACAUAUCGACGCUUUUGCCGUCAUAAUUAAACUAGAUUCCGACGUCGUCGCCAGGUACAUUCGAUUAAAGUUUAAGAAACAAAGCACGUGGUUAUUGCUCAGUGAGGUUGUAUUUAUGUCGGAUUCUUAUCCACCAAAACAAGUCAUUCCAAUACAAACCGUAAGCAAACCCCCGAUCAAAAUAUUUACUUCUGUUCCAGCAGUUGUGACAACAAAAAGAAAAAACGAGGUAGCACCUGAAGCGGAGCAAGAGUCAGCAAAAAGCUUGAGCUUUCCUGUCAUCCUAACUAUUGCACUUGUCACCAUCGUGCUUGCUGCCGUUGUUAGUAUUUUUAUUUACAAAUCAUACAACAAAAAGAAAAAGAAGAACACUCCUCCAAGGAACAUCACACCAACAAAACAGCAGCACUUCGAAUCACCAAACUCAAAACAAGAAAUGGCGCUGCUACACGAAGAACAUUUACUCGCGAUGCAGGAGCGACAGACCACUCUCCUUCACAAUGGCAUGUAUAUGCAACCAAAUAUACCAGUAAACCCAUACAAUAUUCCGUCUGUUAUGCAAGCCAACCAAUACGAUACACAACAACCUGCGCAAGCUAAGGUUUAUGAUACCCAUGUUGUAGUGGGGGUUUAGUUGCCAACACGGUUGGAAUAUCGUGGACAAACAAUAUUCUGCUGCAAUUUCUUUCAGUUUUUAUUCUUCUUCAGCUUUUAAAUACCUUGUACAUUUUCUUUAUAAACAAUUUGCUUCUUUCAAGCAAGUUUUUCAUAACCUUUCCGCGCGUGAGGGUAAAUGAGAGAGUAGCAAAACUUGUUUACGUCAUAUUUGGCUAUAUUUUGAAACUACUCUAUUGUUAUUAGAGUACUUCGAACUUCCAGCAGUAGUUAUAUUGCGUUGUUGUAAAAUCUGUUGCAUAUUUUUUAUUUCCUAAAAUAAAUAGGUCCAUAAAAUGUUUUAAAAAAUGAUUUUUCACAUUUGUAAAUAUAUAAAUAGAUCUUAAAGCAUAUGUAUAAUUUUAAAGAAGAUAUUUUCAAUAAACUGUA